CUUAUGCUUUUCUCCUGCGUCAGAAUCAUAAAUCGAAGAUUAGGCAAACGAUCAUGUCAUCGAAUCAGAAACCAAAACCUAUUGUGAUCCGACAAGUUUGGGCUGAGAAUCUCGAAUCAGAGUUCGAAUUGAUCCGAGACGUAAUAGAAGAGUAUCCAUUCAUCUCGAUGGAUACAGAGUUUCCCGGCGUCGUUUACCGUCCGGCGGAUCCUUUCUAUUACCGUCGUCGACCUUCGGAUCACUACCUUAUUCUCAAAACAAACGUGGAUGCUUUGAAUUUAAUCCAAGUCGGACUUACCUUCUCUGAUUCUGACGGAAAUUUACCGGAUCUCGGUACCGGAAACCGGUAUAUUUGGGAAUUCAACUUUCGUGACUUUGAUGUGACUCGGGAUGAGCAUGCGCCGGACUCGAUUGAGCUUUUGAGACAACAAGGUGUGGAUUUUGAGAAGAAUAGAGAGAAUGGGAUUGAUUCGUCUAAAUUUGCUGAGUUCGCGAUGUCUUCUGGACUCGUUUGUAAUGACUCGGUGAGUUGGGUAACGUUUCAUAGUGCUUAUGAUUUUGGGUAUUUGGUGAAGAUCUUGACGAAUCGGUGUUUGCCGAAUGAGAUUGGGGAGUUUCUGAAUGUGAUCAGGUUGUUCUUUGGAACUAGGGUUUACGAUGUUAAGCAUCUAAUGAGGUUCUGCAAUAGUUUGUAUGGAGGGUUGGACCGGAUCGCUAAGGCUCUUGAUGUGGACCGGGUGGUUGGGAAAUGCCAUCAAGCCGGUUCGGAUAGUUUGCUGACGUGGCAUGCUUUCCAUAAGAUGAUUGAGAGGUAUUUCGGGGCUGAUGCUCCUCAGAAGCAUGCGGGUGUUCUUUAUGGGUUAGAGAUAUAUGUAUAG